GCAGCUUCCCAUCACUUCCCUUCUGUUUAGCUUUCCCAACCAGCGGUCUGUUAACAUGUGGGCUCUUCGUCGGGCUUCGAUUCCUCUGAGGAGCCGAGGGCUUAAAGCAGAAACUGCUCGCGCCUGUCUCAAAUUAACACCAUCAGCUUGUGUGGAAGACGAGGGCGGUGUUUCCGAGUGUUGUCCUAUAAUCUAUGGUAGAUCUCCAUCAUUGAACACCGUUCAGUACCACUCAGGAUAUGAUUCACUGAAAUUUAUCGUGAGCAGGCGUGAACUUUCUUCACAAGCUGAUGCAAGAAACACAAAAGAGGAGGAGGAUGGGGAAGAUGGAUUUUCUGAAUUGGGAGCAACUACAGGGGAAAAUAAUGAUGAAUUAAUUUCUAAAUCAGAUCUAUCUGGUGAUGAUGAGGAUACUGAGGAACCACAAAAUGAGCUGGAGCUAUCAGAUACUGAUACUGAAUCAACUGAGAAAAAGUCACCAAAGGGGAGGAGGGCUCAAUCAGAAAUGCUCAAGGAAAUCUUAGAAGCCCCGGUUGGGAAUGUCCGUUCUACUAUGGACAAAUGGGUUGAACAAGGGAAAGAAGUAGAGAGGAAAGAGAUCUCAUUGGUCAUGCUCAUGCUUCGCAAGCGCAAACUGUAUGGGAAGGCUUUGCAGCUUUCAGAAUGGCUUGAGGAGAAAAAGAUCUUGGAAUUUACUGAGAGAGAAUAUACAUCUCGAGUUGAUUUGUUUGCCAAAUUGCAUGGCCUUCAUAAGGCAGAGAACUACAUAGAAAGCAUUCCAGAAUCUUUUAGAGGGGAGGUUGUCUACCGAACUUUACUUGCUAACUGUGUUAGUCAGACCAAUGUGAAAAAGGCAGAACAUGUAUUCAAUAAAAUGAGGGAUUUAGAGUUCCCUCUUUCAGCAUUUGCUUGCAACCAAUUGCUUCUCCUGUAUCAGAGGAUUGACAAGAAGAAAAUUGCUGAUGUGUUAUUGUUAAUGGAAAGAGAGAAUAUUAAACCUUCUCCUUUCACUUAUCAAAUCUUAAUAGAUGCAAAAGGCCAGGCUAAUGAUAUAGCUGGGAUGGACCAAAUUGUUGAGACAAUGAAGGCUGAGGGCAUCGAACCAGACAUCCAAACAAAAGCAGUCUUGGCCAAGCAUUAUGCCUCAGCUGGGCUUAAAGAAAAAGCUGAAGACGUUUUGAGAGAGAUGGAAGGGGAAGACUUGAAAGAAAAUCGAUGGGUAUGCCGGUUUUUGCUUCCCCUCUAUGGAGGCCUGGGAAAGACUGAUGAAGUUGGGAGGAUUUGGGAAGUCUGCAAGUCAAAUCCUCGGAGUGAUGAAUGUCUAGCUGCAAUUGAAGCUUGGGGAAGGUUGAAGAAAGUUGAAGAAGCAGAGAAAGUUUUCGAGAUAAUGUUGAAUAAAUGGAAGAAACUUUCUUCCCGGGAUUAUACAAUGCUUCUGAAGGUUUACGCCAAUAACAAGAUGCUAAUGAAGGGUAAGGAUCUUAUUAGGCAAAUGGCAGAUAGUGGGACCCGAAUAGGCCCAUUGACUUGGGAUUCAAUUGUGAAACUUUAUGUUCAAGCAGGGGAGGUGGAGAAGGCAGACUCUGUUUUGCAGAAGGCAGUGCAGCAGAACCACAUGAAGCCAAUGUUCUGUACCUACAUGCUUAUUUUAAAUAAAUAUGCCCAGAGGGGUGACAUCCAUAAUUCGGAAAAGAUUUUCUAUAGAAUGAGACAAUCAGGUUAUGGCUCUCGUUUGAGCCUUUAUCAAGCUCUAGUCCAGGCCUAUAUAAAUGCCAAGCAACCAGCAUAUGGGAUGAGGGAGAGGCUGAAAGCUGAUGACGUAUUCCCAAAUAAGAGCAUGGCAGGUCUGUUGGCUCAAGUUGAUGCGUUUAGGAAGACGGCAGUUUCUGAUUUACUUGAUUGAAGAAAUCAACUAAUCUUCUCAAUUGAAUAGCUACUUUUUUCUCAAUUUUCUAUUCGUGCAGCUAUCAUAAGAUAUGUAGUAGGUUGAGCAUUUUGGAUUUGAAUGUUUAUCGUACACAUAAUCGCCAUCUAAUGUUCAAAAAUACCGGGUCUGAAGCUUAUCUUGUGUGAUGUAUUGUUGCGUUGCGAUAGAUGUUGUCCUUGUUACUUGUAUGGAUCGUUGGUGACACGCAAAGGAAGUUUAUUAAAAAUUAGCUUGCUUCUGUUUUACACU